AGGCGAUCUGGACGGCUUGAAUUGUGCCGGGCGCGAGAUCGGACGGCGGGCGUGGACAGUGCCUCGGGAGCUGGCAAUGCUCAUUCUUUGGUGUGAUGAGAGCUAUUUCAGCUUUGUUUUAGAUGCAUACGCCAGAUAAAUUUAGGGACCAUCCAAAUCCGGUUGUUGAGGCAAAGGUGAAGCCAGAGGACUGGGAACAUGAAGAUGCGGAAGCCGAAGGCGAGGGAGCCUAAGAAGAGGGAGAUGAGCCUGGAGGAGAAGGACAUGCUGAGGCUGGGGCUAGAGAGCUUGCCCGAAGAGAAGAUGCAUAAUGUGCUACAGAUUGUACGGAAGAGGAACAGCAAUCCAGAGAUGCUUGGGGAUGAGAUUGAGCUGGAUAUUGAUGAGAUGGAUGUCGAGACACAGUGGGAGCUUGAUCGAUUCGUCACCAACUGCAACAAAGCGCUCAAGAAGAGUCAACGGGCUGCGAUGACGAAUGGUGGCAUUGCUGAUAUAACCGAUGCAGUUGUGGCUGAGGACAGUAUUGUGCCAGUGAAUGGCACUGUGCCUACAUUGGUUGACAAUGAUGAUGCGGAGAGUGAGAACCCUGUGAAGAGUACCACAAUGGCCGAGCAGGUGGAUGAAUAUAUAGAUAUUGGAGAUGAGAUGCCAACAGCCACUUACCAAUCAAUGGAGAUUGAGAAGGAUGCUGAGGUUGCCAGGGGCUCUGGUGGUUCCGGCAGCGGCUCAUCGUCCACCGGUUCUGAGUCGGGGAGCUCAGGGGACAGUGCCUCGGGAGCUGGCAAUGCUCAUUCUUUGGUGUAGGGGAGGUUAUUUUAACAGUAAUAUUUGAGUACUUGGAUGAUGUGAGUUCUUGUUGGCCUUGGGUGAUUCGAGUAGAGCUAAAGGAAGCUGUAAGUGUUUUGUAAGUUGUUUCUGAGACGUGUGUGCCUGCUUGGGGUUUAGUUGACUAGUUAGUUUUGAUAACGGAAUGGCUUUGUGGGUAAUCUGGUAGCACAGACUUGGUAUAGAUAACGGAAUGGUUUUGUGGGUAAUUGGUAGCAGAGCUGGACCAUGUAUAUAUAAGCAGGUGGUGGAAGGUACCGGGGCGUUUGUAUUAGUUGAUCUGGCCUUCUGAUAUGAAGGUGCUCUUGUGUCUGUGUUCUUCGUAGUACAGCUGUUAUGUUGCACCUUUUUUAUGUCCUUGACAAUGUUGUGGGAUUAUAAGUAGCAAAUCAUUAUCUUGGUCCGGUGAUGACUAUUGGUGUUAUGAGAGUUAUAUCAGCUUUUUUGAGAUGCAUACGCCAGAUAAAUGUUAGCGACCAUCCAGAUCUGUGUUCAUUUUAA